AUGUGGAUGGGGAAACCAGAGGAUAUCAUCUUGUGCUUUGCUAUUUCCGAAUUGGCCACCUCUUCUCGAGGAGCCAGCAGUUACCUCUCCGACCAUCUCUCUCUUAUUUCCCUAUUGCAUGUGUCAUCUGGACAGCGGCAUUUAUUCUCCCUCCCCCCUUUACCUGACGCCGGGUAUAUGACUCUUUGUUCUGUUUCUUCCUCUAUUCUUGCUACAAUAGGGGGGGAGGGAAAGGAUAGGAACUGGGGAUUUCUAUUUCUUAGGUUUAUUUUUCCGGUAAUUCAUCCGCUCCCACACACCACCCAAAACACAAUCGUCUCUCACUACUAUCAACACACACACACACACACACACACACACACCCAGUGGCCCAAAACAACACAAAGAAAGAAAGGGAGAGAAAACAAGACGCUCAUUUUUGUUUUGUUAUAUACGUUUGUAUGGGCGGGAUACUAUGAUACCUAA